AUGGAGCCGGGCUCGCUGCUGGCAUCUGGGGCACUGAGGGCCCAGGGGGGUUGUCAGAGACCUCUGUGCAGGAACUUUGCCCGUGGAUUCUGUCGGUGGGGCCAGAGCUGCCACUUCUCCCACGACAGAAGGUCAGCCCAGGUCUGCAGGUACUUCCAGAAGGGGUUUUGCAGCCAUGGAGAGCAGUGCAGCUACCUGCACGUCCAAGAAGAGCUGGUGGGGCCCUGCCACGGGCCUGUGCCCGCCGUGGGCCGCCGCUGCUGGGGCGCAGAGCCUGGCCGUGUGCCCGCAGCGGGGGCCGGGGGCUGGAGGGGAGCCCGGCGCGGCUCAGCCCACCCUGUCCCCAGCGGGACACACGCGGCCUCCAGGUGCCCAGGCGCGGGGGCUGAGGAGGAGCACGAGGACAGCAACGUGCCAGGACCUCGUAAGGCCCCCUGUGGGACCAUCAGUGCAGAAUCUGGCCCUGCACGAGCUCGGGGGGCCUCAGGCUGCCAACACACAGGGCUGGGAUUGGACCCAAAUCCUCCUGAGGUGGUGAUGGACACAGGGCCACGGGCUGACCCUGCAGAGGCGCCCCCGGUGCCAGCCCCUGCAGCAGCCCCAGGGCCCGGCGCGGCGCUGCGGGCACAGAGCCAGCCCGUGGCCUGUGGCAUCUGCAUGGAGCACGUGGCCCAGAAAGCGCUGCCCGAGGAGCGGCUCUUCGGCAUCCUGCCCAACUGCAGCCACGUCUUCUGCCUCGGCUGCAUCCGCACGUGGCGGCGCUGCCGCGGCUUCCAGAGCAACGUCCUCAAGGCCUGCCCAGAGUGCAGAGUCAGCUCCAGUUACUACAUCCCUCACAAGCACUGGGUCUCGGAUGCACAGGAGAAGGAGAAGCUCAUUGAAGACUUCAAGGCUCGAAUGGGGAAAAUCAGGUGCAAGUUCUUUGUGCAGAACCACGGGCGCUGCCCCUUCAAGUCCGACUGCAUCUACCUGCACGAGCCGCGGGACGGCCGCGCCGCCCAGCGCCCGGCCCCGCGCCAGCGCCCGCCCAGCGCGCUCGGGUUCAGCCUUCCUCCCUCCGAGAGCUCUGCCAAGGAGGAUGAGGAGCUCUGCAUGCUCGAGUGGGCUCUCAGGAUGGCUCAGAUGGAGAUGGACUUUCAGUUCUUGAGCUGUGGCCACGAGAUGCUCUUCACCAGCUCCAGUGACUCCGACUAA